AUGAAUCCAUUCGAUGAGCUUCCAUGUGAGAUUCUAUCCACAAUCAUCACGGAAGCCGCGGACUGGGUGGCCCUCGAAAGCCUUUUGCAAGUCUCUCCGCGGGUACGAAGACUCUUUGCCGGAGAUGGCGAGACCCCCGGGGAUCGUGAAGCCAUUCAUAUAGUCAAAUCCAUGUUGACAGCAAAUCCAAUGAUGCAUCACGACCUGCACGGCCUGUUUUGCCAGUGUAUUGCACUGCGCCAGUCCUCGUUAGCAGUUACUAGUCUCGAGCAGUUCAGGUCAGGGGACUACGAUCAGUUGUCUGUGGUCUUCAGUUCAUCCAUAUCACAAGCUUCGCUACGAGAGAUGGUACAUGUCGCAGCUAACAUCCAACGGCUUGCGUGCGCUUGCUUGACCACGUUCCUGAGCAGGAUUCGGGGGAUAAAACCGAGGUGCCACAUGCCAACUGGCAGUGAAGUACAAUACGAGCCGCGCGAAGCAGGCCCUCCCUCGUGGAUUGAGGAGUUUCGAGUGUAUCGCGCGCUGUGGCAUUUCCAGUUCUACUCUGACCUUUUGAAUGCGGCUGAACGACUGAUGUUUCCGCAGGAAGAUCUCGAACUCUUGCGGACGAAACCCCUCGUCUGGAAUAAUCCGUCAGAAACAUUGGGGUCUGAACUACUUCCAGUAAAUGAAUGGCUGUGGGGUAUGUUCUCUGAGAGAAAAGAUUCCUUUACCGAUAUUCCAGCGGUGAAGAGAUUCCCCAGUAGCUAUCCAGCAUACGUGGAUCCUCUCCCUGAUCCUUCACAAUUGCAGGAUGAAUAUUCGGUCUGGGCCCCUCCAGCUCUUCCUAUAGACAAGGGCACAAACGACAUUUGGCGCCAGGGAUCCGGAAUGGUCAACAGAAGAUCGGGGUCGACCGGAUUUUACCCUUACUGUGUGAAUAUUAACAUGAGUACACCAUCAACACGUCGGAUGCACUACUGUUUCGCUGAUUCACCAAUUUACCGCGAGAUUGGUUUGAAUAUAUGGGAUAGAUGGCGGUUAUAUUGCCUUGGCAUCUGGUAUGCCUGUAAUCCUGAUGAGCUCCGAUGGGAAUACCUAGGUCCAGAUGGAUCCCUUGUCCCAGAGGGCUGCUUUCCAGAGCAUAGCUUGAUCGACAUUAAUUACCGGUUGUCCUUCUUUAUCAAGCCCAGAGUGCGGGAAAGGGAGGAAUUUUGUGAGAAAUGGUCCAGGGAGAAACACGGUUUACUAGAGACAAGCAGAGCCGAGGAGACAAGCAAAGUCGAGAGGAGGAUAAGGCGGGAAACGCAAAGCAUGCCAAAUUGGUCUUGA